AAAAUACCCAUAGCUUAGAGGUAUCAGUUUCCUGUGGAGGUGAAUUUUCUGGAAAAGUUCCGGUCAUUAUACAGCCAAAGAACCAAUGCUCGUGUGCCGUACCACACAGCAACUCCACGGCAUGGAUUUCAAAAGUGUGCUUCCAGGCAGAAGAAUUACAUUUCAUCGUUGAGGAAAACACUAAAUCCGUUCGACUAGGGAAUGUAGCUUCUUGCGAGUUUGGACAUGGAUUCAACAGGACAUAUACUAUUAAAGCAGAUUCCCUAUCAGACAAAUUUGAAGUGGACGGCGCUUCAAGUGAGGUGUUUUUGUUGUCUGCCUUUGACAGAGAAGUUGAGGAUGAAGUCAGCUUUACUUUAGAGUGUUCCGUCAGCAAGGACGGCCAACCGGUCGGACAGUCGGUGGCUGCUGACAUACGUAUCACCGUAGGGGACACGAACGACAACCCAAUUUUGUUUCAAAACAACAUGGACAAAUCAGUUAUAGAAUCCAAUACAGAAAAUCAGUGGUACAGUGUGACGCUGAAUGAUCGGGACCUGUUUGGUUGUGAACACCACCGAACCCAGGUGUCAUUGGACCCUCGCGGUGCAUGCAGUCAAAGUGCAAUCGACAUGGGUCAUCAUGUUGGUUCUGGACCUCUCGGUCAUGUCGUCUGUCGACUAAGGGUACACGUGGAGCGGGAGAAGAUUGAUGACAGCGAUGACUAUACCUGUGUGAUAAGUAUUACCGACCCGGGGUUCAAACCUUCCGGAGCUGCCAACUAUUCUAACGUG